AUUCCCGGAGGAGGCGGGAGGUGACGCCGGGAGGAGCGGGGAUGGAUGCGGGGAUGGAUGUGGGUGCGUGGGGACCCCGCAGUGCCACCCGCGGGAGCCCACGGAAAGCUGCAGACAGCUUCUUCUCUGCUCCCUCUGAUCCUCAGAGCAGCCCAGGCUCUCUGAAGAACUAACCCUGCACAGCGCUCUUACCUUUCUAACUUAGAGGGGAAAAAAUUACUUGCAAAAAUAUCUGUUUGCAGCCGCCGUGAAGGGAGUUUAUUUUCCUAACACUGGAUUUUCUAAUAUCUUUUGGUGGGAGCUGAUAGGGCCCUGAAACAAAAUAACCUGGAAGGGGCUCUGCAGGCACUCGGUGCUGCUCAAGAGACCCAACCACCCUUAUUUACGUUAUUCCUACACGUAUACUCAUUUUUUCCUGCAUUUAUCACCAUGUCCAGCUUCCAGCUCAGGCAGCUGCUGUGUCAGAAGGGUUUGUGAGUCAGCGAUGACAAAAAAGGGGCUAUUUUCUCUUCUGGCAUCAGGCAGCUGUCCUUAGGCUCACUUUGCUGCAGAUGGGAGCUGCUCUAGUCCCUAAUUUGGGAUCUGGGGCAGGACGUGCUCAGCGCAUCCCCUGGAUCACCAGCAGGAGCAGAUCCUUUUCCCAGCUGAAAUGGUUUUUAUGGGGCCAUCCCCAUGAAAUGGAGGGAUGGAUUGUUCCUGCAGAGCUGCACCUCUGCCUCUCCUUAAAUGAGCCCAGCCUUGUUCAGGGCUUUCUGCAGCCAUCGAGCGCAGAGAACAGAGUUUCUGCUCUCUGGGGAUAUUGUAAGUUUAAACAGAGUGUGAGUGCUGUCCUCUCAUGACUUUACAAACUCCCUCACCUCUACCCAAACUGUUACUUGUCGGACUCUUGCAAAUCCUUAAAUCUCUCUUAUUGCAACUCUUAAAGAUAUUUCUGCUGUUCCCAAGUGCUGGAUAAUCAAACCUUGUGUCUCACUUGUCACCUGUGACGUAAACGCCACCGAGCUGCUUUUGCUGGGAUUUCAAAGGGCAUUUGGGUCAGAAAAACGGAGUGAGGCCACCGAUGUGAACUGGAGGUCACGGCCGAGUGCCAGCGGUGGAUGCCACCCCCGGUGUCCCCUUCCCACGGGAUGUUCUCCUCUGCCUGGCCACCCCCGGUGUUCCCGGUGCUCCCGGUGUUCCCGGGUCAGGAGGGAACACCUCGGGGUGCUGGCCCUGACCUGGAAUCCCCUCGGGAUUUCCCAUUCAGCUCCUCUGUGUGAGCCUCAUCCCCAUCCGAAUUCGACUUUAGGGUUUGUCUCUGUGUCGUCCUCCGGUGCUUAUUGCCCUCGAAGUAAAUCAUUCUGGGGGUGUCAAAUAUGCCCUAAAAGGGGGUGGAAUAUUGGGGCCAUACAUAAUUAAUAAUGUGGUAUUUCGUCCUUGUGAGCCCCCUGGGCUGUCUGUGCAGGUAUCUUGGUUAAACUGCUUCAGGUAUUUUAAAAAUGGAAAUAUUGGAAAGCUGCAGCAUUGGCCGUGGGAUGUGUGGGGACAGGAUUAGGGGACAGUGUCACCAUCUGGGAUGCCCUCCUGAAGCAAAGGGAUUUGGAGUGCUGGAUGCUUUCCCAUCUUCUGGGGUGUUGUGAAAAAUGUGUGGGGAAAGUCCAUCCAAGGGGGAUGAGGCAGAGAUCAAGGCUUUGGCAGUGGAAUUUAGGUUCAAAUCCUUCUCCCCAGGUGCUUUUGGGGAGCUGUCACCCAUCCUCCGAGCCACAAGGGUGCCCAGGACCUGCUGGCGUGUCCUUUACCCAAAUCUGCUUUUCCUGGGACGUGAGGGGGUUUUAUAAGUUCGGCAUUCUCAGACUUUUACGUUAUAACACGUCAGGGUGGGGCUUAAAUAAAUAAUAGCUCAAAGGCAGGUUCAAAAUGAAUCAUGAGCUGAGGGCAGCCCUGGAGAGUGACUAAAUGCAGGAGCAGGGUCCUCUCUGGAGUGAAGGAUGCUGGUGACACCCCAGAGGGGCAGCAUCACUCAGGAUGGAGGAGCUGAGAAGGAUUUCAGGGCAAUCCUAAUCCUCACCCUGAUUUUCAGUGGGUUUGUGGACAGCCUGACUCCAAACUCCUCAUGUUCCCCCAGCUGUGUUCCACAGGGCUGAUCCAAAUAUUUGCAUGAAAUGAACUGAAAGAUGUUGAGUUAUCAAAGGCAGGACAAGCUGUGGAGAUGGUUUGGGAUGGGGAUUCACCUCAGAGCUCUGAGAUUCCCCUGAUUAAAGCCUGGCUUAAAGCAAACAAACCAGAAGUGCCUCACCUUGCUGCAGGUUUAGCACAGCUGGGCCAAGGGCAGCAAAAGGAUUCUGAGGAGCAUUUGCCUAUCUCUGUGUGAGAAGGAGUUUUCAUUUAUUUUAUCUCCAUUAAUUAGUGCUUUCUGUAUGGGUUUGAUGCUUGCAUUAGGCUCAUUUUCAUUUUGGCACGACCAGCUGCCACAUUUUUGGGGAAUGCUGAGCUACACCAACUUAUUCCCUGGAUUUUCAGUGCCCUCUUCCCAGGACUCCCUCUUUAUCCUGUGUUUUCUGAAGAAAACAAGCUUCUGUUGAUUCAGAGUUGCCAGAUUUUUUUUUUUUUUUUUUCCAACACAGGCAUCUUGGAAAAGUCUUCUCAGGGCACAAAGUUAUUUGAAUUUUCCAAAGCCUGUUCUCCUACUCAGGUAAAACCCCAGCUGGAUUUGCCUAAAUGAUGACUGCAGAGCUUGAUUCAGAUUUAAAUUAAAUUUAAAUUGCUGCUUCAUAGGAUUAGCAAAACCCCACGUUUAAUUGCAUUGCUCUCUUGUUAAAUGAUAAAUGCUCUGUUAGUUGUUACUUUGGGGGUGUUUUCUCGGAUUGAGGAUCCAAUCCAGGUUAUUCCAGCCCAAAUUCCCAGCAUCUCCUGGCUCCCAGAGGAGCAGGGGUGGCUCUCCUGGGCUUCCUCUGGCACUGAGUGGUUUGCAAGGGUGUGACUGAUACAAGAUUUGGGGCUGGGAUGUGCAGCUCCUGCAGCACUCUGUGCUCUCGGGGCCACAGAUGUUGUCAGGGCUUUCUCCAGUCACCCUCGUGUCAGCAGAGGAGCUGCUGGAGGUUUGAGUUGUGUGCUGCUGGUUCUCAGCAGCUCCCCUGUGCUCUCACCACAUCCAGUGUUCUUCCAGCUGCUAAAAGUCUAAAAAUGUCAUUGCAGAGCGAGUGUUUUGGCCUGUUUCUGCUUUUGGUUACUCGCCUCUCCCUAGAGGGACGAAUAAAAGCAGUGCUGGGUGAGGAAUUGGUGUGGGCAUUGACCACACAGCUCUGGGAAAGGUGGGACAGAUCUGGGGAGUUAUCCCUGGCCUGGGAUGUGCCUUUUGUGUGCUUCUUCCUCCCAGCAGAGCCAUUUAUGUUACAAAAAGCACCUUUCAGUGGGGGAGAGAGAGGAAAUCCAUACAAAACCCGACCAGAUGAGCUGUACACUCCAGAUGUAGCUGCCAAAAGAAUUGGGUAGGAGAGAUCUGCUCUGGAUACUGGGAAAGCAUUUUGGAUGGAGCAGAAACCAACCUGAACUUCCCCCAAAGGAUCCCAGAGCUUCAGACCAGGCCAAACCUCCCUGCUGGGGUUUUUCCACCCAAGGAAGGAGAGCAACAAUCUGGUUUUUGUCUCAUCACACAGUGAGAAAUAACUGUGCGAGGCCAGGCUGGGAUCCAUGGAUUGGGAUCCAGGCAGUGAUGUUGGAUGCUCCAGCACUGGGAUCCAUGGAUUGGGAUCCAGGCAGUGAUGUUGGACUCUCCAGCACUGGGAUCCAUGGAUUGGUCCAGGGCAGUGCUGUUGGACACUCUGGGAUUGGGAUCCAUGGAUUGGGAUCCAUGGAUUGGGAUCCAGGCAGUGGUGUUGGACUCUCCAGGACUGGGAUCUGUGGAUUAGGAACCAUGGGCAGUGGUGUUGGACACUCUGGGAUUGGGAUCCAAUGGAUUGGGAUCCAGGGCAGUGGUGUUGGAUGCUCCAGCACUGGGAUCCAUGGACUGGGAUCCAGGCAGUGGUGUUGGACUCUCCAGGAUUGGGAUCCAUGGAUUGGGUGUUGGACACUCCAGCACUGGGAUCCAUGGAUUGGGACCCAGGGCAGUGGUAUUGGACACUCUGGGACUGGGAUCCAUGGAUUGGGAUCCAGGCAGUGGUGUUGGAUGCUCCAGCACUGGGAUCCAUGGAUUGGGUGUUGGACUCUCUGGGACUGGGAUCCAUGGAUUGGGACCCAGGGCAGUGGUGUUGGAUAUUCCAGGACUGGGAUCCAUGGAUUGGGACCCAGGGCAGUGGUGUUGGAUAUUCCAGGACUGGGAUCCAUGGAUUGGGAUCCAGCCAGUGGUGUUGGACACUCCAGGACUGGGAUCCAUGGAUUGGGACCCAGGGCAGUGGUGUUGGAUGCUCCAGCACUGGGAUCCAUGGAUUGGGAUCCGUGGUGUUGGACACUCUGGGACUGGGAUCCAUGGAUUGGGAUCCAGGCAGUUGGAUGCUCCAGCACUGGGAUCCAUGGAUUGGGUGUUGGACACUCUGGGAUUGGGAUCCAUGGAUUGGGACCCAGGGCAGUGGUGUUGGACACUCUGGGACUGGGAUCCAUAGAUUAAGAUCCAGGCAGUGGUGUUGGACACUCUGGGACUGGGAUCCAUGGAUUGGGACCCAGGGCAGUGGUGUUGGACACUCUGGGACUGGGAUCCAUGGAUUGGGAUCCAGGCAGUGCUGUUGGACACUCUGGGACUGGGAUCCAUGGAUUGGGAUCCAGGCAGUUGGAUGCUCCAGGACUGGGAUCCAUGGAUUGGGAUCCAUGGAUUGGGUGUUGGACUCUCCAGCACUGGGAUCCAUGGAUUGGGAUCCAGGCAGUUGGAUGCUCCAGCACUGGGAUCCAUGGAUUGGGAUCCAGGCAGUUGGAUGCUCCAGGACUGGGCUCCAUGGAUUGGGAUCCAGGCAGUGCUGUUGGAUGCUCCAGGACUGGGCUCCAGGAGCAGGCAGGAGCAGAUCCGGCCCCGCAGGGGAUUUCUCCAGGUGCCAGCCCCAUCCCACACCUUGCCCACACAUGACACACGGAUUUUCAGGGAAGCACAGCGCUGUUUGCUCCAUGACCUGAGCCCUUCCCGGGGGAUUUCCUCCUCCCUGGGCGCUGAGUAACACCCGCAACUCUCGGGAAUGAGCAAUCCCGGCUCCAACCCCGGCGCUUUCCCUGGGCAGGCUCCUGCAGGGAGAUUUUCCUUCCUGGCAUUUGGAACAAUUUGCAUAUUCUGAGUCUCAUUUGGCUGGGAAGGAGCUGGAAAUGCCCCAGUGCUGCAAACGCUCAGCUCCAGCUCCCAGUUCAUCACUUUUUUACAGCCCCGUGUUGCGUAAAUCCCGUCCCACCCAAGGGAGGUUCUGCUGCUCUCAGAAAUGCUAAACCUCACCAGGGGGAAAUCUGAAUAUUGUUCUGUCUACAUCAGAUAGAUGUUCUCGCUUUCAUGAGCAGCCACAUGCUGAUUUAUGGCAACCUGCUAUUUAUUUAUCAACAUUUACAUUGUGGAUUUCUAAAUUAUUCUAAUAACAUCAGGCCAACAAGUUGGUCAUGAUGCUGCUCCUUUAAAGUCUUCCUUUGAACAUCUCUAUAAAUCAAGGCUGCUUUGAUGUGAAAUUGGAGAUUUCAUAAGCCUGUGUUUACUUUUGGGUUUCCAAAAUCAGCUGAAGGGAAAACAAAAAAAAAAAAAAACAACCAAAAAACAAAUAGUACUUUGUAUCUCAUUAAAAAGAGUUUCUAACGCAUUAAAAGCGAUAUUGUUUUAGGAAAUAAGAACUAAAAAGAGCUGCAAAAGAAAUUUGAUUUUUUUAAUGACUGAUAGUUGACUGCAACCAUUCCACUUUUCUCCAGGCACUGAAAUAUGGCUGAAAACUUUCUCCUUUAGUGCUGUGUGAAACAGGCUGUAUUUUUUGUUUUUAUUUUUGUUUUUUUUUCCUUGUUUAAACAUUAAAUGCACUUCCCAUCAUUCUCCAUGGAGUACCUAGGAAGGAAAAUCGAUGGGAAUUAUGAAGUAACAAGGACAGCUGCAAAUCUGUUUGCCACGGUCCUUGUAACAGCAGGAAAA